AUGUCCCUCUCCCAUGUUUUAUGCCUGGCCUUCGUGGCACGAGCCUAUGCCUGGGCACGUGGCUGGAUCAUACUUGAGAAGAGUCUGCAGGACACCUCGCCCGCCCUGGGAAAACUUCAGCUGCUGGGCGCCUGCUGCGACCAACACAUUGGGAGAGCCGUAGUGCAGACCUCCAUCAAUAGCAAUGCGCUCUAUGGCUCCACUGCGGAGAUAGCAAAGACUGUGUUCAAGUCCUCAGACUGCACCCCAGUCACAAAGGCUGACUGGGAUGGCAAGGCCGAGGCAGACUGCAGCUACGUUGCUAUCUUUUCAAACACGGAGUUUGCCGACAACGAGUAUGCUGCCAAUUGUGUGCCUGCCCAAGUCUGCAAGGACGACGUGGUGGGCAUGACGAAGGGGCUCAUCGCGACCUACGGAGUGGCUUUGCAAAUCAUGCAGCAAAACCUUGGAUCCUUGGUCCACCUCUCUGAGGGCCCGAUUCUGAAAUGCUACGAGGGCCAGAAUCAGAUUCUACGUCUCCCCCCAAGCACUUUUUUGAAGUUAAAUGUGUCAGCACCCCUACAAGACAGUCUACAAAAAAAUCUAAAUCUACGUACACCAUAG